AUGAUCGUCCCACGACUAUUACGGGCGUCUCGGCUCUCUUGCUCUCUAAAUUAUGGCCCAUCAACUCAACAAAAGGCCCUAUUCUGUUCAUCAGGAAACCUGAGUAUACGUCAGCGACCACUACGUCGAAGCGUACGUGCUUCUGGCCCAGAACAGCAAAUCAGUGACCCAUCAACUUCACUAAACAACAAGGCUUUCCGUUCGGAUCUUGAGUCAAAGAUACAAAAACCUGUCAAAAAUGAAGCACCAGAAGCCAGUGCCGCAUCAAGCAGUUCCAGCGAGUCUAAAGCACCAAAGUCAAAACCCUCAAAACUCAAGGGGCCUCUACCAAAAGGCAUCAAACCUCACCAGCAAGAGAUAUUUCAGAGUGAAUCCAUCUGUUUUAGACAAGGUUCAGAAACACCAGUCGACGUUUCUAAAGAAGAUAGGCCCCCUCUAGCGGCAGCCGGCAAGUUCUUUGAAGAGGACUGCCAAAUUCUCUAUUCUGCAGAAAAUUUAUAUCACCACCCUCAAAACGAUCAUGUCCCAGAGAUCGUAGUUCUGGGAGCCUCCAAUGCUGGAAAGUCCUCUUUCCUCAACGCUCUCAUCGGUGGCACGGAGAUCGCCAAGGUUAGCCAUAAGCCAGGCAAAACCACCACGAUGAAUGCCUAUGGCGUUGGACCACGACCGAAAGUUGCCAAGGAGCUUGUUCGCAAGGGUGAGCUGCCUCCAAAACAUAGUCUCAUCCUUAUGGAUACACCAGGUUAUGGUUUCAAGAGUCAAGAAGAUUGGGGGAAAACCAUCCUCAAGUAUCUCAAUGUCAGGAAGAUGCUACGAGGCGCCGUCAUCUUGAUUCCAGCCGAUAAGAAGCUGCAAGAAACUGACAGAUGGAUGUUAAGGACUCUGGCUCGAUCAAACACUCGAACAUUGGUAGUCAUCACCAAAGCUGACAAACCUGGAGAGAAAUGGCAAGAUGCAUGUCACAACCUUCACAAUCAGAUCCAAGGUAUCAUCAAUGGGCUCUCAACUCACUCAGCUCCAAGCUGGAGAGAGGGUUCCGGCCGGGCCCUUAACGUCUAUGCCACGGCCUCCAAGAUUGCCUUUGUAUCUCGACGUUUAGGCAACGGCGGAGGGAUUGGAGGUGUGCGACUUGCGAUUUUAGAAAUGGCUGGUUUCUCUCUUGGCGAUAAGAUUGAGAAGCAAGCUGAGACGAAGGCAUAUUCCGGAAAGAUUAUUUCUUUCGACGAUAUUGUUUGGAAAUCUUGA